AUGGAAGGCAUCCAGACACACCCAUCGAACGCGGCGCAAGCCAAGGCGUUCACGGCGCCAGGAUCGCUAUCGUUCCCCGGAGCUACCAACGAGCUGACACCUCCGCCCGCCGGCACCGGUGAUGCUGCUCAGCGACCUGCCCUCAAUGGCCAGCAGGCGGCAAAUGGCAAUGGGGUGGCACCCGCAACGCCUGUCGCGACGCCUGCUGCUACUCAAGGACCUAGUGGAAUUACUCCCACUCUACAGAACAUCGUGGCUACAGUGAACUUGGACUGCCGCUUGGACCUCAAGACUAUUGCUCUGCACGCUCGUAACGCAGAGUACAACCCUAAGCGUUUCGCCGCUGUCAUCAUGCGAAUCCGCGAGCCCAAGACCACCGCUCUGAUCUUCGCUUCCGGCAAGAUGGUCGUCACUGGUGCUAAGUCUGAAGACGAUUCGAAGCUCGCUUCAAGAAAGUACGCUCGUAUUAUUCAGAAGCUUGGAUUCAAUGCCAAGUUCACCGACUUCAAGAUUCAGAACAUUGUCGGCUCUUGCGAUAUCAAGUUCCCUAUCCGACUUGAGGGUUUGGCAUCUCGCCAUCACAAUUUCAGUUCUUAUGAACCCGAGUUGUUCCCCGGUCUCAUCUACCGCAUGAUCAAACCCAAGAUCGUGCUUCUCAUCUUCGUCAGUGGCAAGAUCGUCUUGACUGGUGCCAAGGUCCGCGAGGAAAUCUACCAGGCCUUCGAGAUGAUCUACCCUGUGCUGCAAGAUUUCCGCAAAGUCUAA